AUGGCCACUCAGCUUGCCCUCCCCAAGAAGCUCAUCGCGCUCGAGGAGCACUCGGCGCUCGCCUCCCUCGGCGCCGGCGAGUCCGUCCCCUUCUACGCGGACGCCCAUGCCACGUUCCCCGCCGCGGCCGCCAAGCUGUUCGACCUCGGCGCUGGCCGCCUGCGCGACAUGGACGCCGGCGGCAUCACGCUGCAGGUCCUCUCGUGCACGGCCGGCGUGGGCGUGGGCGACCCGGCCGGAUGCCGCGGCGCCAACGACGAGCUGGCGGCGGCGGUGCGCGCCUCGCCGUCCCGCCUCGCCGCCUUCGCCGUCCUGCCCAUGGCGUUCCCCGACGCGGCCGCGGCCGAGCUAGAGCGCGCCGUCACGCAGCUGGGCUGCGUGGGCGCGCUCGUCGACGCCCGCCUGCCCGACGGCGCGCACUACGACGCCCCCGCCUACUGGCCCCUGUUCGCUGCCGCCGAGCGCCUGGGCGCUCCGCUGUACCUGCACCCGGCGCCGCCGUCGCCCGGCGAGGUCGCGGCGCGCUACGCCGGCAACUACCCACCCCGCGUCGCCGCCGGCCUGGCGUCGGGCGGCUGGGCCUGGCACGCCGACGCCGGGCUCGGCUUCCUCAAGCUGUGCGCCGCCGGCGUGUUCGACGCGUAUCCGCGGCUGAAGGUCGUGCUGGGCCACAACGGCGAGAUGGUGCCGGCCAUGCUGGACCGCGCGGCGCGCACGCUGCGCAAGUUUGGCGAUGCCAGCCACCCGAAAAGGGGGCUCCGAGAGGUGUGGGACGAGAACGUGUGGGUGACCACGAGCGGCAUGUACACGACAGAGGCGUUUGACAUGCUGCUGAAGACGACAAAGGCGGAGCGCGUCAUGUUCGCGACCGACUAUCCGUAUGAUGACAUGCGCGAGGCGCGGGAACUUGUACCGGCGCUGGCGAAGAGCGGCCUGUUGACGCAAGAGGAACUGGAGGACUUCGCGUGGAGGAAUGCGGAGAGGUUUCUGGGUAUCGUGGCUUAG